ACACACACACACUAAUAAUAAUGAAACUGAUAUAACCACCUCAACUCAACACAUCCAUUCUUUGUCCCACAAAUAUUAUCAGCCACCCCUCUAUUUAUUACCUAUAUAUCCUAAUUGGAGUCUCAUCCAUUCCAUUCUAUCUGUCUAUAUAUAUAUAUAUGUAUAGAUGUAUAACUAUUAUUAACAUACAAAUGUAUUAUACCUUUAUAAUAAUACACAGUAGGUACGGUACGGUACGGUACGAUAAGAGAUCAUAUAUAAUCAAUCAAUCAAUCAAGAAUUAAUAAAGAGAUAUUGGAUCGAUAGAUGACGAGGGGUGGUGGUAAGUUUGUGAUAGUAGGAGUAUGGGUGAUUCUGGUUGUUGGAGUGGUGAUCGGCCUGACAACGGGUGUGAAUCCUGAGAAAGCCACAGAAGAAGGUCUCUGGACCAGCAGCAAGGCAGUGUUUACAGUUUGCGGAGAGACAGAUUACAAGAAAACAUGCGCUGACAGCCUCAGCACCGUAGCAAACAACGAGAGUGCAACACCAAUGGACUUUCUCCAAGCUGCAAUAAAUGUUGCCAUCCAAGAGGUGCAGGCUGCAAUGAGCCUCCCAGACACGAUAGGCAAAUCUGCCAACGAUCCCCAGCAGAAAAUGGCUGUUGAGGAUUGCAAGGAUCUUCUUCAAUAUGCUGUUGCUGAGCUCCAGGCUUCAUUUUCCAUGGUCGGUGACAGCAGCUUGCACACCAUCUCCGAUAGAGAAGCGGAGCUCAAGAACUGGCUCAGUGCUGUCAUUUCAUACCAGCAAACGUGCAUCGAUGGAUUCACAACACCAGAGCUGCAGAAAGCCAUAUCCGAUGGCCUCCUCAAUGCCACUCAGCUCACCGACAAUGCUCUCGCCAUUGUCACCGUUAUUUCUCAAAUAUUUCAGGCAUUCAACAUUAAUAUUCCUAGUAAUAGUAUUCUCAACUCCACCGCAGCCUCCUCCGGAAGAUUACUUGAAGAAGACCAUGACCAUGAUGAUGAUGGAACGUCUUCAUCCUCGUCGUUUCCUGCAUGGCUCCCUGCUGGAGACAGGAAAUUGCUGGCUAGCAAAAGCGGCGGUGGUGGCCAACCUGCGCCCAAUGCGGUGGUGGCACAGGAUGGAAGUGGUGGCUAUAAAACCAUAAGUGCAGCUCUUGCAGCAUAUCCCAAGAAUCACAAAGGGAGGUAUGUUAUAUACGUAAAGGCUGGAGUUUACGACGAGACUGUGACCAUAACAAAGGACCUGGUUAACGUGUACAUGUAUGGAGAUGGACCCAGAAAGAGCAUUGUCACCGGUAAGAAGUGCUUUACGGACGGUGUAUCCACCUUCCAGACGGCCCCAUUCAUUGCAAUUGGGGAUGGAUUCAUAGCCAAGUCGAUGGGAUUCAGAAACACAGCAGGGCCGGAGGGACACCAGGCAGUGGCUCUACGGGUGCAAUCGGACAUGUCUGCAUUCUACAACUGCAGAAUGGAUGGGUAUCAAGACACUUUGUACGCACAGACACAUCGCCAGUUCUACCGUAACUGCGUCAUCUCAGGAACAGUGGAUUUCAUAUUCGGAGAUUCUGCUGUAGUUAUACAGAACUGUUUAAUCAUAGUGAGGAAACCAAUGGACAACCAGCAGAACACAGUGACGGCACAAGGGAGAACUCAGAGCAAGGAGACCACCGGAAUAGUGAUACAAAACUGCAGAAUAGUACCAGAGCAGAAAUUGGAACCACUGAGGUUCAAAAUACCGACUUAUCUGGGAAGGCCGUGGAAGAAGUACUCAAAGACGAUAAUAAUGGAGUCUACACUUGCGGAUUUCAUACAGCCAGCAGGGUGGAUGCCUUGGAGUGGCAACUUUGCAUUGGAUACGUUGUAUUACAGGGAGUAUGCAAACAAGGGACCUGGGGCACCAACCGAUAAGCGGGUCAAGUGGAAAGGAUACAGUGUCAUAACAAACAGGGACGAUGCUCUUCAAUUCACUGCUGCCCCUUUCAUCCAAGCCGACCAAUGGCUGACCACCACUGGUGUGCCUUACUUUCUUGGCCUCAAAAACUGAUCGUCCGUCCGAGUUUCAUUCCAUCCCCACUUCAUCUGUCAACCUAUACACGCACAUUCACAUUACAUUUUUCUCUCUUUUUUUCAUAGUCGACCUUUUUAUUCAACCAACGUAGUCCGUAGAUGUUCAUUUGAUGUAACCUUAAUCACUUCUUUUUCCCCUUAAUUAGCAAACAACAAGCAAUAUGUAGAUGCUUGAGGAGGUGUACAAAGAUUGUCCUUUUAAGGAUGAUUAAACACUCCGUAAAGUACAUGUUUUAUUUUCGUCACCAUUGAUUUAUUAAAGGAAUUUUGACAAUAAUGACAGCAAAACAUUAUGAAAACCCAGGCAUGGAUUCUUCACAAUAUAAUCGAACUACAUCUCUUAGUACCUCCUAUUCUUGUAGCAUGCCAAAUCCAACGAGUUCAAAACGAACCAUCCCAAGGGCUUGUUGAACUAUGCUCUAGUUCAAUCUAAAUCUCAAAGGCAUAAAAAAA